AUGAACCCUUCGAGUUUGGUUAACGGACUGAAUUCGAUUUCUUUUCUUGUAUUCAUCACCAGGUCGCUAGAUUCUCUCAACAAAAUGGACGCUCCAGUUCUAAUGCGAGUCUUGGCCUCCUCUGUGCAUUUGGCUGCGCGUGCUAGCACUAUAGUACGUACCGUGCUUGCUUCAAAGGAUCUUGAAAUAGUAGAUAAGGGUGUGAAUGAUCUGCAGUCCAGAGCGGAUCGGGAUGCACAAAGGUGUAUUGUCGGAUCGCUUACCAAAACGUUUCCAGGCCUGAAAGUGAUAGGUGAGUAUCAAAACAAUGGAUUGGCCGCGGCUGCUGAACUGGAUGCGGAUGUGCUCAAACACCAAUGCCCUACAGCUUACAAGUCCACCACUUUGUCGGACAUGGUUGUGUGGGUUGAUCCCCUAGAUGGAACGAUGGAGUUUACUGAGGUAAGUAGCAGGUUGGUGUGUAAAAACCGCAAUCCUUUGGGGGGUCUUGUCCAAUAUGUAACCAUUCUGAUUGGUGUAGCUGUCAGCGGAAAACCGGUGGCCGGAGUAAUUGCUCAGCCUAUCACACGUAUUAUCUGGGGCAUGGAUGGCCUCGGUGUGUUCGGGCUUGAUGCAAAGAAACCGGCAGCUCCGAAGGGAACCAAUCCCCAUGUGAUUGUGACCACGAGGUCGCAUGCGACCAGCAAACUGGUUUCAAUUCACAAUUUAUUGUUGUAUUCUGUUUUAUACACACAGAUACUUCGUGUUGGUGGCUGUGGCUACAAAGUGCUUAUGCUUUUGGAAGGAUUGGGACACUUGUACCUAUUUCCAAGCAUUGGCGCAAAACGCUGGGACACAUGCGCUCCGGAGGCGGUACUUUCGGCCGCCGGGGGUGCUUUGACCGACUUGCGAGGCCAUCAUUACGACUACCGAGUUGUGGAGGACCCAAUGGAUCGUGGUGGUAUCAUGGCCACGCCGGUUGCUGACUGGAUCCGUGUGUACACACCGCUGAUGCCUAAAGAUGUAUUAGACACCUUAACCUUUAAGUAA